GGUCCUGUGCUGAAAGAGCUUGGGGGGGAGCCGGUGGUGGGGAGCUAGCGAGAGCUGGGAAGGGGGCUCUGGCCACAGGGCGUCUCCAGCCAGCCAGUAGGAGCCUGGGGCACAGGGCACAGAGGUGCUGUCCUGCUCUGCCCGUUCCCUUGCUCCCCGCGCCCCCUCCUGCCCUGUGGUAAACAGGCACCUGCCACUUCCCAGUGCCCUCACCAGCAUGUGCCAACCCGCCCCCCUCCCUCUGGCUUUGCAGGAGGGUAGCAGCGAAUGGCCCGGCCAGGGCCCCCUGGCCAGGGCCCCCCGGCUGGCCUGGCCCCGGAACCUUUGGCCAGUUCCAUGGAAGGCGUCACAAAGGGAGUCCCAGGACCCGGCCCCACCUCCGGGCUCCUCUGCCCCCCAGAAUGGAGCCACAGCGGGCGUAAGGGUGCGAGGCUGGCUGCUCCGCCCAGGCCCUAUGCCAGGGCACCAUGUCUCACGGCUGCAACCAGUGCCCACACGGCCCCUGUGCCCACGGCCCAGCAGGAACCUGCAGCUGGGCCUGCGGGCAGCACACGGGCAUGUGGGAACGGGACCACGGCGUGUGCCCUGCCGCAGACAGCCGCACCUGGGGCCCCGAAGGGGCGUGCUGGGGCUGGGAGGGGGCCAAGCCCAGCCCUCCGCCUGCGACAGGGGUCUCUCCGCCCGGUGGGCGCCCGAACCCAGGGGACACGCUCUCCUGCAGCGCAGCCCAGGGGCGGCAUCUCCAGCCAGGCCAGGCGCAUGGCGGCUGCUGCAGCUGGCGCGCCGGAGCUGGGAGGAUCGAGCGAGACACCUGCUGGGCCAAGGUCUGGCCGAGCCUGACCCGUCCCCAGGUGCCCCGGCAGCAGGAGGCGGCGGCAGUGGACAGCGACGGCAGGGGCGCCAAGCCAUGCCCAUGCCAAGCAGCGCUGCCCUGCGGCCUGGGGGCACCGUCACGCUCUGCAGACAGCCUGGACAGCUGUGGGUUCUCCACUGCCACCUCGUCCCUCAGCACCCCCAGCCUCUGCGAGGGCAAAGGCAGGGCAGAUGAGAGGGCUCUGGCCUCUGCCCCAGACCUGGGGGGCUCAGCGGAGGAAACCAUCAGCUCCAUGCUGGGCUGCUGCGCCAUCAGCCUCGGGGCAGCAGCCCUGCCCCUCGGCAUCGACAGAUCCCCCACUUCCAACAGCACCGCGGCGCAGCUGCUGGAGGAGUUCCUGACCCAGAAGGCCCGAGCGACAGACCUGGCCGCCCUGCCUGCCAGCACGGACGGAGGUAGCCCCCCAGGGCAGGGGGACGUCCUGCACAGAGCCUGCUGCCCCAGCCACCCCACCGCCUCCACCUCUCUGCAGCAGCUGUGGCACCACAACCACCGCUUCCAGCAGGCUAUGGCACGCUUUGAGAGCGGCACAGAGGCCUGUGGCUGGCAGAGCGAGCUGGGCCAGCUGCCGGCCAGAGAGACCAGGCAGGCGUGGGGCGCAGGGGGCACACAGCACUGCAGCCGUAGCGGGGAAGCCAGGCGGGCCGAGCCACGUCCGCCCCACCGCAGCAUGGCAUGGGACUCUGCUGUGUGCAAUGCCAGGGGCCCUCCCUUCCACGCCACAGGCCUGCCCAUGGGACACGGGUGCUGUGCCACCGUUGAAGUCGUGGGCAGGAGACCUCGACAGGACCAGGGCCGAGGCUGGAGCUCUGCAUUUCACUGCUGCUGCCGCAAGCCCUGCAGCGACCGUGCCAGCCCCCGCCCAGCCUGGGAACCCCAGCGCGACGGCAGAGGCACCCAGGCGACCAGGGGGAGCCACAGGGAAAUGGGAGGCACCCCCGAAUGGACUGAGACGUGUCCCAGCGACCUGCCCGCCACGUACCUCAGCCACCACACGGUGCAGGCAGCGCUGAGACGGGCACACUCGAGCCACAGCACCCUGUGCCUCCAUGCCCAUAACACAGGCUCCUGGGCCAGCACCUCCUGCUCUGACCACGCGCCAGGGAGCCCCUGCCAGGCAACCAGCAGAGCUGCCACGAGGCCCCGCCCAGGAGACUGCUAUGCCCCCCUCUGGCCUGGCAGGAGCUGCCCUUGGGAACCAGAGCCCAUGAUGACCCCCCAGACCCCCCAGCCUGGCCCCAGGAAGCUGAGCUGCAGCGACACAGACCCUGCCGAGAGCCCGGAAGACGACUGCACUUGCACCUACUGCAUGAAACGGUGCCAGCCGGGCCGGUGCCCGGGGGCCUGGAGCCAGAGCCACCCCCCGCUGGGCGGGGACGAGCAGGACUCAGAGCACGGCUGCAAGCGGGACCCCAGGAGGGAGCGGGGCAGGGACCAGGGAUGGGACGGGGAGGAACAAGCUACCUGGGACGGCCCCUUCAAGGUCAUCGGACAGGUAAACGAGGUGAACUAUGUGGUGGAACUGUCCAGCCGGGCUCACCGCCGCCGGGUGCACCAUGUCAACAGGAUGAAGUCGUACUGGGGCAGGGAGAAGUUGGACGGGUCAAUCCAGUUCAGUGUGGACUAUUGGAAGCUCAAUGCCAUCACCGUGUCCGAUGCCCACCCCAUGCCUAGGACUGAUGAGAUCCUAGAGAAGUUGGGGGGCGCCCGGUACCUCACUACCAUGGAUCUUACCAAAGGCUACUGGCAGGUGCCUUUGGACCCGGAGGCCAGGAUGAAGUCUGCCUGCACCACCCCAAUAGGGCUCUUCGAGUUCCUGGUCCUGCCUUUCGGUCUCAAGGGGGCACCUGACACCUGCCAGCGUCGGGUGGACAAAUUACUAAGGGGGACGGAGGACUUUGCUCUGGCGUAA